GUUUGUUCUGUUUAGUGGUGAGACACUUGUGAAACACCUUUCUCCUCACAACAGCCCUUCAGUCUUUAACCAAGAUGCAGAAGUGGGUUGUGAUCUGUUGGGCUCUCCUGGCUCUGGUUGGUGCUGAUGAGUGUCCAGAUGGAGGGAGAUGUGACGACGGUCAAACCUGCUGCAACGACCCGGCCAACGGCUAUGAAUGCUGCCCACUGGAUCAGGCUGAGUGCUGUGAGGAUCACAUGCAUUGCUGUCCUGCGGGAACAAUCUGCAACACAGCCAUGUCCAGCUGUUCGAACUCGACCGGGUCCGUCCCCUGGGUGGAAAGAACUUCUGCUGAUCAGCCCGGACUCUCCAAAUCCUUCAGGAUGAUCAAGACGUACAUGGUGGAGGUGGACGACAACAUCUGUCCUGAUCAGUCUCGAUGCCCAGCUGAGUAUUCCUGCCUGAGGGGCUUGACAAAGUUUGGCUGCUGUCCCUUAGCUCAGGGAGUCCCCUGCUCUGAUGGGAAACACUGCUGCCCUGAGGGCCACCAGUGCAGCGCAGACAGCCGCUCCUGCAUCAAAAAAGAGCUUGUGACUGCAGUUCUGUGCAAAGAUGGAGUGUCGGAGUGUCCAGAUGAUACCACCUGCUGUGAAACCACAGAAGGAGCCUGGGCUUGCUGUCCCAAGCCAAACGCUGUGUGCUGCGUGGAUAAGACACACUGCUGUCCUGAAGGGACCACAUGUGAUCUUGAACACAGCAAAUGUGUUUCCUCAUCUACCAAAAAAGUAACGCCUAUGUGGGCCAAAUUCCCUGCCAGGAUAAGAGCGGACUGGGAGAACCAGAAAGAAGGCGAAAAAGUCACUGCAAAGACAGCUGUUGAAGUCAGCACAGUGAGUGCAGUUCCUCCCACAGAGAAGGACGAAUCAUCUUUCACCAAGGCAGCUGCAGAAAUACAGGUGGGGAACGUUACAUGUGACUCCACCCACUAUUGUCUUGAUGACACCACCUGCUGUAAGACUGCAACAGGAGAUUGGGCCUGCUGUGAUCUACCUGAGGCCGUCUGUUGUGACGACCACGAACACUGCUGCCCGCAUGACACCACUUGCGACAUUACCGAGCUCAAAUGUGACGGUAUCUCGGGCUCAACGCCCAUGAAGCAGAAGAUCCCCGCGUUUACCACGGCGGCACCCACUACAGUGGUCGCUCCAACCCAGAGUCAGGACACAAGCACAGAGCCAACUGGAGCCGAGGAUGAGGAUGAGGAAGACGAGGAGCGCAUUCAGUGUGACCCCCACACCAGCUGCCCUCCGUCCACCACCUGCUGCUUCAUGAGCUCGUCUCAGGAGUGGGGUUGUUGCCCGCUGCCACAGGCGGUGUGUUGCGCUGACAGGAGCCACUGCUGUCCCGCCAACUACAUGUGCAACGAGAGGAAGACCACGUGCACCAAAGGAGAAGUGGUGAUUCCCUGGUACACCAAGCUUCCUGCCACCACCAGCGUCGAGGCCGAUUCCAGCUCUGUGCAGUGCGAUGAGCAGAUUCAAUGUCCCGGACAGACCACCUGCUGCCGGGUGUUGUCGGGCGAGUGGGGCUGCUGCCCGCUGCCAAAUGCUGUGUGCUGCUCGGAUAAGGAGCACUGCUGCCCACAGGGUUACACCUGCAACGUGGCCUCUAACUCCUGUCUGAAGCUCAUCGUGCUGCAGGUGGAGGCCGUCCCGCUAACACGGGUGCAUCUAGCCGAGCAUCAACCCAUGCCCAUUCCCUCAAAGCACAGAGACGUCCAGUGUGAUAAAAAGACCAGCUGUCCAGAUGAAACAACCUGCUGCAGGACCUCGGCUACUACAUGGGGCUGCUGUCCAUAUACUAAUGCGGUGUGCUGCAGCGACUUGCUGCACUGCUGUCCCGCCGGCUACACCUGCACCGAGACUGCAGACUGCAUCAAGAGCACCAGGCUCCGCUGGGACAAGUGGCAGGUGUUCCUCGCCAACAAAAAGAGAGCUCUAGUUUUGUGAGAACACCUCCCCUGCACUGGCAUAUGUUUUUGCAUAAUGCACUAAAUGGGAAUAAUGUAAAAGAGAUUUUAUCCUAAUCUUUGUGGUGAAGGUGAAGGGGAUGCUGGUUAAUUGAAUUGCACUUGGGGUUAUGAUGUUCUGCAACAACAACUACAUGCAACAAGAUCAGGGCAUCAAUAUUUUAAUGAUUCAUUCUAAAAGUCAGAUACAGCCUUGUUAUUCCAAGCACAAAGUUGCAAGCUAGUUAACUUACCUCCACCCAUUAAAAACAUCAACAGGCAAUGUGAUUGUAUUCCCUGUCAAAUCUGUUUUUAUAUGCUUCAGCUGCUUUGUACUGCAGAGUGCACUUCUAUCAAUAAUCAGUCACAAUUCAGGGCAUAAUGUCACAUGAUUUUAUCAUUUUAAAUAUAUUUAAUUUCACCUCAUCAUGAGUGAAUCCUCUGUAGCGCUGUUUUCUGGUCAGUACUUCAGAUAUCGGAUAUAUUUGUGGCAUAAUCUGUAAUGAAUCAUUGAAUUUUAAGUGUUUUAAUUGUGUGCAUCUUGUUGUCACUUGUGUUAAUUUGGGUUUUAAACACACCAUGAUGCAAACAUGAAGAGAUAUUCUACUCAGUGCUUAAUCUGCAUGAAACUAAUAAACAAGAAAUGUAUUGUAUGACAUUA